AUGAGCCAGCCAGUCACCAAUCGCAAGAGGUCCGCUUCGGCCAUGUCGAUGGCCGACAGCCAGGAGUACCAAUACCACUCCCAGCUCCCCAGCUCUUCCAUCAACCCCCUCAGCCACACUCCUUCAGUUCUUCGUCAGCUCCAUCUCGCCGGCCUCGCAGAGACGGACCAGUUGCCCUCAAGGACACAGCACCGCUUCCCGCACCGCGCAUGGCAAGACCCAGACGCGCCAGCCCGGCUGGGAACGUCCGGCGCGGCGGCGUCUUUGACCAAAGCGCUCGAGCCCAGCGAGGUAGAAGACGAAGACAAUGACGAAAAUUUAGACGAUGACGACGAUGCGGGGAAGCAGCGGCGGAAGAAAAAGGACGGCAGUCUGAAGGCCAAGUACGCCUCCGAGAAGUCGCCCUUCCGGCCCCUAGUCCGCGCCAUCUACGGCUUCCUCGACAAGGGCGACGUCGUCAACGCAAAACGCGCCUUCGGGGUUCUCGCGAGGUCCCACGUCCACGGAAAACCGGUCGAUAUCAGACGCAACAACUACUGGGCCCUCGGCGCCGAGAUCCUCAUGCGCGAGAACGGCAGCGCCCACGCCACGGCCACGGACGACGAGGCCUACCCCGUGGCCAACGUCCCCCGUGUGCGCGAGUACUUCCAGGACCUCAUCCAGCGGUACCCGUACAACUUUAAGCACCGUCACGCCGUCUCCGCCGUCGACUUUUGGCCCGCGCUGCUGAGCUACGAGAUCUUCCAGGUCCACACGCAGCACGCGGCUCUCCUACGGCGAAUGCACCGCGAGGCCGAGGACUGGGAGGAUGAAUCGUGGCAGGAGCCCUCCUCUCUAGGCGGCGGCGGCGGCGGCGGCGGCGACAGCACGAUGGACGGCUCCGACUUUCGGUCCGAGGCGCCUGUUUGGCAGGUUAAUGGGAGAGAUACGCGGCUGCGGCAGGCGAGGGACCAGAUCCGGCUCAAGACGCUCGACAUGCUACGCGAGGUGGCGAGCCGCAUGAACGAUUUGCUCGAGGAUCGGCCCUUCUCGCAUAGCCAUGAGCUGUGGCGGGUGCGCGGGAUGGUGUCGCUGUAUAUCGGGGACUUGCUCAUCCCGGCUUAUUCACACGAUGAGGGACAGAUGGUGGAAGCCAGGUUACGGCGCGAGGCAGAAAGGAACAAUGCACGAAGCAGCUUUCAGAAGAUGGCUGAGCACGGUGGACAACUUGACGUGUUGAUUCAGAGGCUGAUGGCUCCCGUUGAGGAGGAUGACGGUCCUGUCUUGCCAGUCUUUUCAUCACUUCCCAUCAGAGAGUAUCGCACAGCUAGCUAG